CUCGGGCGUCGCAUCGUGGCCAAUGGAGCCCGCCGAUCCAAGACGACGAUGCGACUUGGCGGCGCGGCGGAGAAUCAGCCUUGCCCCGCUUUGCGUUGGUGCUUUUGGCGUUUCCCCGGACAAAGCGCUGUUCUCUGGGUCUUUCGUUCUUUGGGUGGCUUUGUCUGGUGUGCUGACGGAGGCCCACGGAGGUCUCGUUGUUUGUUGUUUGCUUGGGGGUGGCGGUGGAGCUGCUAUAAAAAGGUCGCUUCUCCCUGCUGCUGCUUGGAGCUUCCCUUUUUUCCUUCCUUCGCUCUUCAUAUACCCUCUACCAUAAUAGCCAUUGUUUCUCUCUCGAAUAUAUAAAAUCCUCUACACAAUGCAGCUUCAGCUCAAGUCCACGGCCCUCCUGGCCGCCGCUCUGGCCACUGCUGUCUACGCUCAGAACACUGAGGGCACCGACGUGGCUGCUCCCACUGAGAACGGCGAGCCCAACUUCAGCCUGCCCUUCACCGACUCGGCCACUCCUCCCACCGGCGUUACUCUGACUGAAGUCACCGACGUUCCUACCGAGACCGGUGCCACUGCCACUGCUACUGAGACGGCCACCGGCGAGACUGCGACCGCGACUGCCAGCGAAACCGCCACCGAGACCUCCCCCGUGGCCACCGGCUCGACGGCCGUCAGCACCGCGACCUCCGUCGUCUCUGGCUCGACUGCUGCGUCGACUGGCUCGCAGACUGGCAGCGCCUCUGCUACCGGCACCGCUAGCCAGUCUGGCAGCGCGUCGGCCACCAACUCCGACUCCUCCGCCACGGCCUCCGGCUCCUCCACUCCCUCGUCGACCGACGACGAGUCCGCCUCGGGCACUGCUUCGGGGACUGCCUCUCCCACCGAGUCUGACUCGAGUGCUGCCGCGUUCGCCGACAUGAAGUGGGCUCCUUGGAUGCUCGCCUGGGUUGCUGGUGUUGGUCUGGCGCUGUAAAUACGUUAGGUUGUGCUUUGAUGUGAAUACUACUCCUACUCCCGCUACUGCUCGCUGGUGGCUCUGAAAUGACUUGAUGGAUUUAAUUGGUAAUGGUUUCUUUGCGUUGAUUGUAUCUCCCGCCGAUGGUUCGGCCUUGGGCGUAUAUCUUGCAUGAACAGUUCCUUCGUUUCUGUGUUUGCUGCUCUAUCCCUGUUUCACAAAAUACGUAUGUCUUGAUCUAAUUCUGUCACGAAGUAAGGUACAAAGCAGUAUAUUCUCCGUAAUUGACCGGAUGGACCAGCCCCA